AUGGCGAUGGAGGUACCUGUUCUCUGCCAUCCUCCAAUGCAAGCGAAACUGCCUGCUGUUGUGCUGAUCAACAACUCCCUGACCAAAUCCGGGCAGCUUGGGAUUGCAUUUUUUGGUGCCAUUUCAAAAUACAGAAACAUUUCAAGAUUCAUUUCUCCCAUCUCUCAAACAUCUACGAAGAACAUAGGUCCAUGCUGUAGCUUCAGCUCGUCUUCUGAUGGUAAUGGAUACAUGGCUAGAAACUCUAGCGAGAGUGACAAAGACUAUGUUAAUUCUACUGUGCUAGAAGCAGUUGAGGUGAGAAGUGGAUCAGAAGGAUAUGUGAUAAAGAUGCGAGAUGGAAAGAACUUGUGUUGUGUCCAUAGUAAUUUUCAAGGGAGAAAUAUUCCAGAGAGUGCACCGCAACCUACUAUUGUUUUGAGGAUUGAAGAUGGAAGCAGAACUUUACUCCUGAUCAUUGUUUUGGAGAUGCCAAGCGUUCUUCUGAUGGCAGCUAUUCGUAAUGUCCACAAUGCACGAGCGACCAUAUAUCAAGUUGUUAAGGAAAUGAUUGAUAAAAUGGGUUAUGAGGUAAAACUUAUUAGUGUAAACAAAAGAAUUCAAGAAGCCUACUGUGCUGAACUUUAUUUAACAAAGGUCAAUGAUCCUACAGACAACACCACCUUCGAUCUUCAGCCUUUAGAUGCCAUAAACAUUUCUGUUCAUUGCAAGGUAUUUUCUGUAUAA